AUGAACCGAAAACUCCAGUUAGAAUACCCACUUCAUCGCUUGGUUUACCUGGAUGACGUAGAAGAACUCAAAAAGGUGCUGGCGAAUGAGGAAGUCGAGCUGGAAAAGUUGGAUUGUCGGGGAAGGACCCCUUUGAUGCUAGCCGUCACAUUAGGACAUAAACAAUGCGCUGAGGAACUUUUGAAAAAAGGAGCCGAUGCAGAUGCGCAAAAUAAGGGUGAAAUUUGUUUUUUGUUCUCCAUCGAAUAG